CGGCAAACUCGGGCAACGGGCCAAGACACGAAUGACCAUGACCAUGCGGCUGCUCGUGCUUCUCGCCGUCGGCGCGCAGGCGGCAGUGACGCUGACGUCGAGCCCACCAGCCGACUGCAAUGCGUCGUCGACGUGCAAGUCGCUCACGUGUCUCCGCGGCUGGUGGAUCGACCUCAAGGACAACCACAUUGAGCUGGCCAUCCUCGCCGGCGCGCUCGUCUUCCUUGCGUCCUUCUUGCCGCGCGUGCUGCUGCGGCUCGUCAUCUUCAUCCUCAAGAAGUUUCCAUUUCUGCGCGAGGUCAUUGAGGACUACGAGGCCCAUUGCAUUUGGUCGACGACGUACUUACUGUGCAGCACGCUCAUUUGGGGCGCGCUCACAGUCAGCAAGCUCUCUCAGUUUCUGUGCCGGAUCCACAUUUACGUUUGGGGCCUCUUCUUCCUCCUCUGGCUCUACUACGUCUUUGUGGUUGUCGACAAGUUUGCAGUCCGCAAGUUUGGCGGCAAAGGUGAGAGCUCCAAGAACGUCGUCAUCUCCGAGUCGAUCAAGCUCCUUCGCCUGCUCGUGAUGGUCAUUGCAGCCAUGUACAUUUACCUCCAGAUGUGGCAAGACCAGACGCUGCUCAAGUACUCGUUUCUGGGCAUGAUUGGUGGUGCCAUCGCGCUUGGCUUUGUGGGCGCGACGCACAAUGCGGUUGGCGGCCUCUACCUCGUGCUCAACGCACCCUUCAAAGUCGACCAAUUCAUCCAGAUCGGCGCGGUGAAAGGCCACGUGAGCCGCGUUGCGCUGCGAUACACGGUCGUCAUUGGCCUCGACAGCACCAAGAUCUUUAUUCCCAACAGCUACUUUUUGUACAAACCUAUGGUCAACUAUUCGCAAGCCCCAAAGCGCCAGCUGCAGAUGGACAUUGACGUUGAUCCGCACACGAGCGUGGCUCUUCUCCAGCGCCUCAUGACGGACCUCGAGCUCAUGCUGCAGUCCCGUCAUAUGGGUCUGACGUCGCAUGAAGACUACAAUGGCGACGAGAAGACCAAACAGCUCUUCUUUGUGACGAUGGAACAGCUCUACCGCGUCCGCCUCUACACGUUCACGGACGAACUCGAUGCGAAGAAGCACGCGCUCAUCAAGUCGGAGGUGUGGCUGGCGGCCAUGGAGAUCAUGGACGACCUCGGCAUCCGCAUGAAGUCGCCGACCUCUGGCACUGCCUCGUUGCCAGCCAAAGGCAACACGCUCGACGACCAUGUGCCGUUUGCCGCCGAGUUUGGGCUUCUCACCGGCGCGUCGUCGUUGUAGCAAGUGCUAAUAACACAACCAACCCUUUGUAUCAAUGUAUCGAUG